GCGGCAGCAUUAGGUUGGAGAACGGAUGUCUAGUUAUGCCGAUUUCUGCCGUGAAUUUGGUGGGGCCAUGGGGUUUCCGAUGGGUGGACAAAGUUAAAAUCUGUGCGUUUAGUUUACCCUGGACGGACACCCAAUUCCUAUUAGAGCUGGGAAAUCCUCUCCACAUGGAGUACUUAUUUUCCCUUCUGCUAUAAUCCAACCAACUUUCUUCCCCCAUCUGCCUCGAGUCCUCUCUCCUCUUUAUGCCCUUUUCAACCUCCUAAAGUUAGGUUAAAUUCUGGUUCCACCAUCUCUCAAUCGAUUUCAGCCCUUCUACCACCCAGAGAGAAAGGGUAUAGCAUUCCGUUUGAUCUUCUACUUCUAGCCCGUUUCUUCUGUUUUGAUUCCCAGGCUGAGAAACCCAGGUGGGAAAUACAAGAUCCAAGGAUGCUCAGACCUGAGAAGGAUUCAAACCCCAAGUUGCGGAAAAAGAAAACCUCUGCCCCAAAAGCAACCAUGCCUCAAUUAGAAAGGACUGAAGAGGCUCCACAGAUACAGGGAUCUCUACCAGUUAAAAUGGGGAAAAAGGCAUCCAAAAAGAACUUAAAGAAUGAUGUCUCUCCACUAUUCCAGCAGCCAGAGCAAUCAAAUUCGGAUUCAUUAACAGAUUCAUAUACAUCCGCAAACGAGUAUCGGGCACUGAGGAAGAAAUAUUUGCUAUUGGAGGAAGAAAGCAGUGCAUUGGGGAAAGAGCUGCAAGAGGUUGAAGACGAUGUUAGGAAUCUUGAAAAUGAGAAGCUUGCCCUUUUGGACCGGCUUGUUGUGUUAGAAGGUCUGAUGGAUCCUUUAGAAAUGCAAUCUAAUGGAGUGUAAUCCCUGAAAUUCUAACUUCUUUGAAACAUCACAGGUCCCUGUGAUUCAUGUACUUCGUAUAUUGUUACGAUUCUUGUUGCCAAAAUAACCAUAGGAUGUUAGUAUUGGUUCUGCUUGAGGCUUGAGCAGAUGUUUUACAAGGAUAUAUCUUUUAAUGAUUUGCUUGUGCAAGUUUGAUUGCAU